ACCAUCACACCUGCCUGCUCUGUCCACACUCCUGGUGACCAACAGUGACCAUGACUGGCGCCAUCUAGUGGGAUCUUGUUGGCCUGCAGUGAAUCUCUGGCUGGGCUGGGCACAUGGAAUAGAAGAACCUUGUCAAGAACCAAGUCGAGGAAGACUCAGGCCAGAAGCAGCCUCUGUUGCCCAUAAACACCCAUCACCACUCCAGGGAGACCACCCAGGACCAGCUCUCCUCCCUGGAGACCACCCAGGAACAGCUCUCCUCCCUGGAGUCCACCACUCAGGACCAGUUCUCCUCCAUGGAGACUACCACCCAGGACCAGCUCUCCUCCACUGAGUCUACCACCCAGGCCCAGCUCUCCUCCACUGAGUCUACCACCCAGGCCCAGCUCUCCUCCACAGAGUCCAGCACCGAGCCCCAGCUCUCUUCCACAGAGUCCAGCACCGAGGCCCAGUUCUCCUCCACAGAUUCCAGCUCCCAGGCCCAGCUCUCCUCCGUGGAGUCCACCACCCAGGCCCAGCUCUCCUCUGUGGAGUCCACCACCCAGGCCCAGCUCUCCUCCGAGGAGUCCACCACCCAGGCCCAGCAAUCCUCUGAAGAGAGCAGCACCCAUGCUCCGCGCCCCUCGGAGACCAGGAUCCUUUGGAACCAAGACACUUUCCCAGGACCCAGAGGUAGCAAGAAGUCUGUCCCGGCGCGGCCUGCCCUCCGUAAUGGCAACGUUUUCAUGGGGCAUGGCCAGAGUCUGCACAGGGAGUCCUGGCGUGAAGCACUGAUUCCACACAGACCUGGUCUGGUUCAAGUGAUUUUCGUCGCCUGUGUGGUCUUCAGCGUCGCCCUGAUGGCCGGGCUCAUCGUUUCCUUUGUGAUGUAUCGACUGUCACAAGCUGAGGAAAGACAGCAACUGGCAUUGCUUUAUAAGAACAUCAGGAUACCAUUACUGGAGGACGAAGAGGUGUACUCUGAGGAGGACAGCCAGGACGAGUCGACCUACCUGCUGCCAGAGAACGAGAAGGAACUGGAGAAUUUCAUCCAUUCAGUUAUUAGAUCGAAAAGGAAAAAAUAUAUAGAAAACAAGAGAAAGAAAGAGGUGAAGAUAGCCAGCGAUGACGCGCUGGACAACGCCAUGUACAGCCCCUAGGACUCAGGACCUGUGGCCACGGCAAAGGGGACGCAGGCAGUGCCGGCCGGGUGCGGAGGGAACGGUGGCCAGCUGAUGGACAACUGAGGAGAUGGACUUGCUUAAUCCCGAGAAUCCCUGCGCGAGGGCAGGGUAGAGCGCGCGGGACAUAAGCGAUAAAAUAAAGCGAGACUUGUUCCUG